AUGUCUUCACCAUCGAGCGAGCCCUCCGGGCUACCAAGAAAUGUGCCCUCUUCUCUCCCGGAUACUGGAAUAGAUCUGGAGUUUGCGACUGCUGAGGAGAAGGCAAUGUUGGAAGAGGAGAUCAAGGCCCAUCGCGAGAAUGCGAAGAAUGACCUUGCUGAGGCACGACGGAAGAAACUCGCCGCCAAGAAGCGAAAACAACGCGAAGAGUCUAAAGCUGAGAGGGAGGCCAAAGCUGCACAACUGGAUGAACUACUUAGAAAGAGCUCCUUAUUCUCUGAAAUCCUCACUAAGAAGACGGAAGUCCUAGGCCGAGUAGGGAGCGGCUUCGAUAGCAAGGCCCUGGGAGAACACGAUCUAACGAUGGCCGAGCAACCAAGUAUUAUGGUGGGAGGGAAAAUGAGAGAUUACCAGCUGGAGGGUCUCACCUGGAUGUAUGAGAUAUGCCUCCAAGGCAUGUCUGGAAUUCUCGCCGAUGAGAUGGGACUCGGUAAGACCAUUCAGACCAUUGCUCUGAUCGCUCUAUUGCGAGAGGUAAAUUAUCUUGGACCUCACCUGAUCGUUGCCCCUUUGAGUACCCUAUCCAACUGGAUCGAGGAGUUUGAAAAAUGGACCCCUAGUGUGCCAGUUCUACUCUAUCACGGCAAUCCGAGCAAGAGGAAAGAGCUCAGACAGACCCGAAUGUUUAAGCAUCUCGACCGCAAAAACAAUCGACCUGAUUCCGAAUUUCCCGUCGUCUGCACAUCCCCUGAGAUGGUAAUCAGAGAUGAGAAGGAAUUAUCUAAGAUAAAGUGGGAGCUUAUUAUAAUUGACGAAGGACACCGAAUGAAGAAUUCUGAUUCGAAAUUAUUCCAGAUCCUCAAGAGCUUUACGUCCGCGACUCGUCUGCUCAUUACCGGGACUCCCUUACAGAAUAACCUCAAAGAGCUCUGGUCACUUUUGAACUUCUUACUUCCAACGAUAUUCGUUAACUGGGAGCAGUUUGAGAGUUGGUUCGACUUUAGUGAUUUACAAGACGAAGAGACCACAGAGGAGUUCCUUGCUGAUCAGAUGAAGCAAGAUCUUGUGAAAAAAAUCCAUCUAGUCCUUCAACCGCUCUUGCUACGUCGUGUCAAAGCAGAUGUCGAACACAUGCUCCCAAAAAAGCGAGAGUAUGUACUGUAUGCGCCAAUGACCAAGGAGCAAACAGAUCUAUACAAUGCCAUUAACGACAGGACGAUAGAUACCAGGAAGUACUUGGAGGACAAGGUCGUUGAGAGAUUGACAGGGGCGGCAAAUACUCCUGCUUCAUCCCGGAAGGCGAGCCCCUCAACAAGUUCCCUGAAGAAGUCUGCAGUCAAAACAGAGGAAUCGGACAGUGACGAUAACGUCCCGUUAGCACUUAGGACCCGUGGAGCGAAAGAAUCUAAGCCAGAACCCCCUAAGAAUGCUUUUCAAAAGAUGAUGCAGAGGGCAGCUUCUUCAUCCGACAAGUCGUCGAAGUCGUUAAAGCGCAAACCAGCGGCGAAUCUUCCUUCUCCUCCUUCUAAGUCUACAAAAUCCAGUAGGCAAUCAACGCCAGGGAGUAUUCAAGGACGAAGAUCUAAGACCAGACGAAGUUACAAGGAAGCUAGUCCUGAUGAAGAAGAUGCUCUUAGUGACGAAGAGUUCGAAAAUAAACUCGCUGAAGAAAUGGCGGAGCGAGAUAGCGAAGAACCGCGAAUAGAGAAUGAGGAGGAGAUCCAUCGAGCAAAGACACUUGAGUUGGCUAAGAAAGAGAUAUCGACGAAGAAACUCGGAAAUCCGUUGAUGCAGCUCCGGUUGGUUUGCAACAGUCCGCAUAACUUCUACAAUCCCUGGUCCAUGGACUCGGGAUUACCAGUCGACGAAACACUCGUUACGCACUCUGGAAAGAUGUUACUUCUCGAUCGGCUCCUUCCUUACCUGUUCAAGCGGGGCCACAAAGUAUUGAUCUUCUCCCAGUUCAAGACCCAACUUGAUAUCCUGGAGGAUUAUGCCAAGGAUCUGCGUAAGUGGAACGUGUGCCGUAUCGAUGGUUCCGUUGCACAGGAUGAUCGACGACAGCAAAUCAAGGAGUUCAAUACGAAUCCCGAAUAUAAGCUGUUCCUUCUUUCUACUCGUGCCGGCGGCCAAGGUAUUAAUCUAGCUACAGCUGAUACCGUUAUCUUGUUUGACUCCGAUUGGAACCCACAGCAGGAUCUCCAGGCCCAGGAUCGUGCUCAUCGAAUUGGACAAACCAGACCCGUCGUCGUUUAUCGACUCGCGACAAAAGGCACCGUAGAAGAUGUCUUGCUCUCGAGUGCCGAUGCGAAGCGCAGACUCGAGAAACUUGUGAUUAAGAAAGGAGGCUUCAGAACGAUGGGCCAGAAACUUGACAACACGGAGGGCAUGACCGAGGAGGCGUUGAAAGCUUUGCUUCUGAAGGAUGGCGAGGUGUACACGUAUUCUGGGGGAGAUGCAAUCUUGAGCGAUGAAGAUCUCGACGUCCUCUGCGAUAGGAGUGAUGCUGCAUAUGCCAGAGCCGAAAAGGGGCUUGGUGAUGCUGCCGGGUUCAAGAUCGUGGAGACAAAGCUUGGUGGUCUGAUGGUGAAGACGGAAAAGUAG